GGCAACGUUAAAGGACGGCUAAACGAAAUUCAAGAUGGCGGAGUGUUGAGAGAAGAUGAACUUCGACAACUGACAUUUUGCUUUAUUAAUAUUGAUGUAUAAAGAGGUUUAGGUUGACCUACUUGCGUUUCAACUUACGUAGAGGGUUAUUUCGUUGUAUUUUAUGCGGUUUGUGAUUUGUAUGUUUGGCUGUGCCGAUUGUUGCUAGCCUGAUACUUAGACGCUUUGUGUACUGCUUCCGAAGAUUGCUAACUAACGUGUUAGCAGGUUAGCGCAGCACCGCCAAACUAAUAAUUUGUCUUCAGACAAAACAUUCAAGGAUUUCUCAACUUUAUCAGUUUGGCGGUUUACGUUUGGCCUAAAGAACUAUUUAGCCGUGUAUGGUCAGCUGAAUGUUGACCGGAGGGAUCAGGGUGGGUCUUUCGAGAUAGCCAAGCCCGACUUGUAUGGCUUUUGUGGUAUGCUUUGACUAGACCAAAAAGUAGCUGCAACGUGUUUUACUAACAUAGCCUUGCCUUACGUGGAGUUCAUUUGGCGAAAAUAAACUUGACAAGGCAAAUUGGUGCUGAUAUGGAUGACAAACGUAAAAACAACGCAACCCCUCAAGGCAGCAGCAGUGAAUCCAGCGGCAACAGCCCCGCAUCACCUGCAAGCCCAUCGCAUGGAGAUGGAAAAGCAGCAGGGGCCAACGCAUUCGCCAACGACGGUAGCUUCAUGGAAUUAUUCAAGAAGAAGAUGGAAGCGGAGCGAAGGAAAAAGGAAUCGGGGCAAGCCAGCUGCUCCGAAAGUACUGCUGAUCAAGGACAGUCGACUGUGGAAAAGAGGACGAGUAGCGUGGCCAGCUUUGUGGGGAAGCGGAGAGGGGGAGCCAAAUUGACCCUUAAGACCGGCGUGGUUGCAAAGAAGCAGAAAUCGGACCCAGAGUAUGAGGGCAAAGGGGACGCCUGGACUUCGUACAUGGCUGAGGUGAAAAAGUACAAAGCUCACCAGUGUGGAGACGAUGACAAAACCAGGCCCCUGGUGAAAUGAAAGACUGGGGUUUGCGCUGAAACACACCAACUGCUGCUGCAUUGGAGUGAGCCUGCCACCAGAUCUGCGCCCAUACUGCCAAGAUUCAGAGCAGCUCAGCUCAGCUGUUUCACUUCCUCACAAUUAAAGUUUUUUUUCUUUUGUUUAUUUGUUUUCUUUUUCUUUUCCCAGAGAGUUGUCUCGAUUGUGGUUUUUAGCUUUUACAUGGUGUGUGGCAAACACAGUUUGUGCAUUUUUUUUUUUUGAACAUAAUGUUUAGCCUAACGUUAGCUUGGUAUUUUUUUGCAACGUUUGCUGGACAGGGUAAUGCCUUGUAGAUAUUCCAUACCCCCCCCGGUUGGUAUUUGAUGUCAUUUGAAUCUAAGGUUUCAAAAAAGAUGCUAAUUAAAAUGCUAAGCAUUUAGCAUGUG